UCAUUGUGCAAAACUUAAUAGGUUGUUGGAUCAAUUUAAUUUGAGUCAGGUGUGUUGAAGCAGGAAACAUUGAAAACCUGCAGGACAGCAUCCCUCGAGGACCGACUUUGGACACCCCUGGUCUAAGUGAAGAGCAGAGAGGGCAAUUUAUUGCCACAGAAAAGGGAAAUGCAGAUGAUAGAGAGGAACAUUCAGUCAGCAAUUAAAGCUGCAAACUUGAACCUUUUUUUUUUUCAUAAGAUUAGAUUCUUGGAAACAGACUGAGCCAAACUACAACCUUCUGUUCCGUGAGGCAGAGUUAGCCUAACCCUCCACCAGCAGGUGCCGCUAAACAUAUUCCUCUCAUUUCCAGUGAUUACUGACCCGGAUGUUUAUAUGCUGAUACGUUUAUUUGUCUAUGAUUUCAACGACAAGGCUACAAUGAUGUGUUGUUAGCGUUCACGUUCUUUGAUUAAAAAAACAACAAACAAAAAAAUAGAUGUCCAGAAAAAUUAAUCAAACUGGUGUUCAAGUAUUUUUAUUUUUUAUUUUAACUAUAAAUCUCUAACUGUAAAUAUGUCUCAAGAGGGAUUUCAAUCAUCAGCAUUAAAAACUACCCCCGACACGAGCUUGAACACAGAUGAAUUGCAGAGGAGCAGUCCUGGGAAGACCCCUAUUCAAAUAUUGCAUGAGUAUGGCAUUAAAACUGGGAACCUUCCGGUGUAUGUGAUGGAGAGGGCUGAAGGGGAGGCUCACCAGCCCAGCUUCGUCUUCAGUAUGACAAUUGGAGACAUUAGCUGCACAGGUCAAGGAUCCAGUAAAAAGGCUGCUAAACACCAGGCUGCAGAGGCUGCACUGAAUAUUUUGAAAAUAGAUGCAGGAAGUGGGAAUGUUCCUGGAAAAUCUGACAAUAAUGGAGUAGCAGUAGAAACUAACCACCAUCCUAACGCUGUGGGCUUACUGCAGGAGUUAGCUUUGCAGCGAGGAUGGCGUCUUCCUGAAUACACAGUCUCUCUGGAGGCUGGUCCGCCCCACAAGAGAGAGUUCACAGUUAUAUGUAGAAUGGAGUCAUUGUCAGAAAAGGCUGUAGGAAACUCCAAAAAAGCAGCAAAAAAGGCAGCAGCAGAGAAAAUGAUGGCAAAGCUUCAAAACUUGUCGGGCUGCUCUGAAAUCACAUGGACUCCAAAACCGAGUGUCCGAUUUGAUACCAUCAUGAACUCCACAGCAGAGAGGAUAUCUUUACUCAGAAGGAAGCCGCUAAGCAUUCCCAACACAGAUUAUAUCCAGAUGAUAUUGGAGCUGUCCAAAGAGCAAGGCUUCGAGGUUACAUACUUUGAUAUUGACGAGCUGACAGUGAACGGCCAGUACCAGUGCCUGGCAGAACUGUCCACCUCACCUGUGACUGUGUGCCACGGCACAGGCAUCUCCUGCAGCAACGCACACAACGACGCAGCUCACAGCGCACUCCAGUACAUCAAGAUCAUGGCCAAUAGUAAAUGAACAUCACCAGCAUCGAUAGCUGCUUCACCCCAACGUCGUCAAAUACUCAAUAAAUUAGCUGAUGACCCGCCUGUCACCGUGAGAGAUCAAGAUCUAUUUUUAUUUUAAUGUCUGCUAUAUUUAAGCAAAUGUUAACCAAUCACCGUCUAAUCACAGUUUCUACUGUGAUGUAUUCGGAGAGAGAUUAAUACGACUGUAGGGAUGGCAUGCAUUAUAAUCCACAAGAAAACAUUUAUGUUUUCAAUGUUUGCAUCUGUUAGAAUGGAAUCUUCAUUCAAUCUGUAAUCCAGCUGCCUUCAUGUGGCCCAUCCUGAAAGUUGAAAACAUGUUAACGUUAUGUCUGUUGCAUUUUAUUUAUUUUUUUUUAUUUUGGUAAUACAUAAAGAAAAAAAUUAUGGACUGUAUGACAAAUGUUCUGACUUGUGUUCUUUGCUGUAGUGUCAGGAGCUACAGAAAUCUAUAAAAUAAAGCAAAUCAUCACAUUAA